AUGCGGCCGGGGGAGCGCGUCGUCACGGGCUUCCCGGCGGACGCCGGGCAGGACGCGCUGGCGAAGCUGGAGUCCGGGUCGACGGAGGAGGAGCGGAAGGACGCCAAGGACGGCGGCGGAGCGGGAGGGCAGCAAGCGGCGGCAUCGGCCGGCGUGAUGAUGCGGCUGAUCGUCACGAUGGUGUGGCGGCGGCUGAUCCGCAACCCCAACACGUACGCCAGCGUUGUCGGCCUCACUUGGUCUCUCAUCUCGUUCCGAUUCCACGUCGCAAUGCCAGCCUUAGUGAAGAACUCCAUCAGCAUACUCUCCGAUGCAGGGCUAGGGAUGGCCAUGUUUAGCUUAGGGCUCUUCAUGGCCGUGCAGCCCAAGAUCAUCGCCUGCGGAAACAAGGUCGCGGCCGUCACCAUGGCAAUUCGCUUCCUCUUCGGCCCCGCCGUCAUGGCCGCCACGUCCGCUGCCGUCGGCCUCCGAGGCACGCUCCUGCGCGUCGCCAUUGUUCAGGCCGCUCUGCCGCAAGGAAUUGUGCCCUUUGUGUUCGCCAAGGAGUACAAUCUGCACGCCGCCGUUCUUUGCACCGGGGUCAUAUUUGGCAUGCUAAUCGCUCUUCCCAUCGCCUUGGUCUACUAUAUCAUUCUCGGACUACUGUGA